GCCGAGAUACCAGGCCGGUGCCUGCUGAGUGAGCCCGCCAAGCGUAGGAUGGUCCUGGACGGUGGAGGCCUCGGGUAAGUUGAGCAAUCAAGCGACCGCUGCGAAAGAUAAGAAACUUUUGCAUUUCGCAUAGAAAAGGCCCCGACCGCCGUCCCCUCCUGGACCACUGCUCACACGACGUUACACAAGUGACAAGAUGGCCCGCUGGAUGGACAGUCUCAACAGAUCAGUAGCGAGGAGUUUUGUCGGACGCUACUUUAGGCUCUCAGGUAGUGGCCAUGCCCUCUCUCGGGAAGGCUCGCUCUUCACGACCGAGCUGCGGGCUGGCCUGACCACUUUUGCCGCCAUGGCCUACAUCAUCUCUGUCAAUUCCACCAUUUUGACAGACUCAGGUGCUACUUGCGUUUGCGAGUCCACCGCUGCGGAUCCAAUUUGUGUCACCAACGAGGCAUAUGCUGCUUGCUUGCAGAUUGUUCGUCGUGAUUUUGUCACAGGUACAGCAGCCAUCGCUGCUUUGACCACCGUCUGUAUGGGUCUCUUUGCCAAUAUGCCUAUUGCUCUUGCCCCAGGGAUGGGUCUCAAUGCAUACUUUACCUAUAACGUCGUCGGCUUCCACGGCACCGGUCCAGUCAGCUACAAGCUCGCGUUGACUGCCGUCUUUGUCGAAGGAUUCAUCUUUGUCGCUCUUUCUCUUCUUGGUCUUCGUCAAUGGCUGGCUCGUGCAAUUCCAGCCAGUAUCAAACUUGCUUCGGGUGUCGGCAUUGGCUUGUAUCUUGCUCUCAUUGGCAUGGGCUACUCGGCUGGUAUCGGCGUUGUCACGGGUGCUACAGCAACUCCCCUCGAACUCGCUGGAUGUCUCGAGUCGGAUCUGGUGGACGGCGUCUGUCCGUCCUUUAGCAAGAUGCGCAAUCCGAGAUUGUGGAUUGCUGUCUUUUGCGGCGGCUUCUUGACAGUCAUGCUGAUGCUUUACCGCAUCAAGGGGGCCAUCAUUGCUGGCAUCCUUCUUGUCAGUGCCAUCAGCUGGCCCCGAUCAACCUCAUUCUCGGCAUUCCCUCACACACCACUCGGCGAUUCCAACUUUGAUUUUUUCAAGAAAGUCGUCUCUUUCCACGGUAUCGAGAAGACACUCUUACAGCAAGAGUGGAAUUUGGGCGGUGCUGGAGGUCAAUUUGCUCUGGCACUCAUCACUUUCUUGUAUGUCGAUAUCUUGGAUUGUACCGGUACAUUGUACUCUAUGGCUCGUUUCUCCGGCGCCAUUGACGAGCGGACGCAGGACUUUGAGGGCAGUGCCACAGCAUACCUGGUCGAUGCAUUUGGUAUCUCCAUUGGCUCUCUCUUUGGUCUGUCUCCAGUCACUGCAUUCAUCGAGUCGGCCAGUGGCAUUUCCGAGGGUGGCAAAACUGGUUUGACUGCUGUGACAACCGGUAUCUGCUUCCUCAUCAGCUGUGUCGCUUUCGCGCCCAUAUUCUCCUCCAUCCCGCCAUGGGCAACAGGAUGUACGCUCAUCAUUGUUGGUGCACUGAUGAGCAAAUCAGCUGCACAAAUCAACUGGAAGUAUAUGGGCGACGCUAUUCCUGCCUUCUUGACUCUUGCAGUCAUGCCAUUCACCUAUAGUAUUGCUUACGGUCUCAUUGCUGGUAUUGUCAGCUAUGCUGUCAUCAACACGCUCGUCUGGGUCCUUGAAAAGGUCUCAGGUGGACGCAUCACCCCACCUGGCAAAGAGGAUAAGGAGCCAUGGACCUACAAGAUCGAGGGCGGUGUAUUGCCGCCCUGGCUGACGCGUGCUGUCAGGGGUCAACGCGACUUUUGGGUAGACCAUGAUCAGCUUGCCAAGGCAAAGCACGUUCGAGAGGAGCCCGGCAGCAACGAAUCAAUGUUUAGGCAUCAGCAUGAGAUGGACUCUUAUGACGGCAAAGCAGCUGCAGUCUUGACUGGAGCAGAGUUGACGAUGCCAGAUGCAGGCAGUAAUUCGAGUCAUUCGACCAAGAAGGCCACAGAUAUUGUGUAGAUUUCGCUUUGUAGUCCAUUGCACAUCUUGGAAUAUCCUCCAUUCAUAACCUCUCGCGAAGUCACGAUCACAGUCGCUCAAU